AAUGAUUCCAUUAUAAGUCAAAUAACUCAUUUAUAUCUUAGAACUUCAAUCAUCGUUAAUCAGCUUCUGUUUUAUAUAGAUAAUAUGAAUCCAGAAAACAAUCUCCUGUCACACAUGUUGUUGUUACACAUAAUCCAAGAAGAAGUCAUUAAUUUGAUGGCAGAUCCAAUUCACCUUCCAAAAUUUUAACUACUUCAUAUGUCUAUCCUAAAAUAAUGCAAUCCACAGAAUUGAAAACAAGAAUACCUACUUAAGUAAAUCUAUUCAUUUCUAUUAUAGGGCUAAAGUAUUCCUAUAUAAGAAGCACUUAAAAUCUACUCAUCGAAACAAACUCCAGAUUCUAAUUAUAAUUCAAACAAAGUCUCUUCGUUUCUUUAGGAGAAACUUAAUGAAAGAUCAAAUUACACUAAGACCACAACAGGAGAGAGCUAAGAAGAGGAGAGAUCCUCUAAACAUAGUAUUCUUUUUUGAUUUUGUUAGAACCAUCAAUCAUUUAUUAAAAACAACUUCUUGACAAAGAUUUAUAAAUCAUGUAAUUAUAGAAAGAAAUUAAAUAAAUUAAAGAAUCCAAUGUAAUUAAUUUCAAUUAUAUAUUUAGAAAAAGUAUUAAAAUAUGGAAAAAGAAUAUGAUAAACUUUUAUAAGAAAAUCAAAAAUUGAAAUAAUAAAUCUAAUUAUAACAAGUUCAAAUUACAUAACUUACACAUUAACAAUCUUUAAUCUCUCCAGGAAGACCAUCAGAAUAUGUUAGUGCAUUAAGUGAAUAAGAUAAAUUAAAAAUAAAGACUUUACUAGAAUGUGAAUGA